AUGUCAGCUGGUACCACAGGGGCCCCCAGGGGCUCUGAGGCUGGGGUGGUUGAGGGGUGGGUGGUCAAGGCAGAGAAAGACAUUAGUGGCCCAACCUGGGGGAGGAGCAGCUGGACUGAAGUGAGGAGCACAGCAGCCCCAGUCCCUCACCUCCCUGUCUUGAUCACAGGAGGUCCUGAAAAUCAGUCCCUCACCUCCACCGAGUCAGGCACCCAAGAUGGUUGCAAAUGGUACCUGAAGGGUCUGAUUGGGGUCUCAGUGGCCUUCGUCCUGCUGCUCCUUCUGCUCCUCUUCCUUCUCAUUCGAUGCUUGCAUCAGGGAAAGCACAGGAAGUUGGCAGAUGCUGCCGAGAAGGACACACAGCCUGAGGACGGCGUGAAGCUUGACAGUCAGCACAGCUCACAAGACGAAAACCACCAGGAGGUGACCUACACCGAGGUGAACCACCCCAGACUCAGGCAGGAAGUGGCCUCCCCUCCUCAUGUCUUCUCCAAGGAAUUCUUGAACAUGAAGGACAGACAAUCAGAAGAGGACAGGCAGAUUGACAGUCAAGCUGCUGCAGCUAAAACCCUCCAGGAUGUGACCUAUGCCCAGCUGCACAUCUUGAUGCCCAGACUGCAGACAACACCUCCUUCCUCCCACUCAGGGGAGCCCCCAGCUGAAUCCAGAGAGUGUGCCGUUCUGGCCAUCCACUAGCCCAGGAAGGACCCAGACCCCACACUUCAAGGAGGGAGAGCCAGGGACCACAGAAGACCCAAGAGCUUCCCCCAAUGGACACUAACUCAUGGACUCUAGCCAAUCUGGACACCUCAUGUAGACCACCAGGAGAUGUGGGGAACUUUUAAAACUCAUCUGAUUCCACAAAGAUAACUAAAAUUCUUAUAUUUUGGAAAUACAGCAACAGACUUCUCAAUAAUCAAGUAGUUAAAUGAGGAAAACCAAAAACCUAAGUGAGAGAAUCUUUAAAAUUGAUUGAUAAUGUAAAUAUUACACAUUAAAAUAUAAAAUUGGAAAAUGAAGUCCCAUGAAUAAAUAAAUUAGAAAAGAAA